GGAGUGAGGUACAGGCGGUCCGUGCGUGGUGGUGCCGCCGGUCCCUUUGUGCCGAACAGCGAUUGUUGGUAUUGGCGAGGAGAGUUCUUGUAGAGUUUGAGUUUAUUUAGAUCGGUGGCGUAAGGGAGUCGACUCCGUGGAUCUCUGCUGCUGCCGCUCUCACCCGAGAAUCAAUCCCAUUGAUGGAGAAGAGACACUCGGCAAAGCCAGUUGCGAAGAGUUACCAAUGCGGCAAGUGUACAUACAGCACGGAUGACAUCGGUGUGAUGAAGAAUCACCAGGAAACACACAAGGACGAGCAGCCCUUCAAGUGCACCGUUUGUGGGAUAGCGUUCACACAGUCAUCGCAUCUCGGCAGACAUGAGAAGACACACACAGGAGAGAAGCCUUUCAGGUGCACUGUGUGUGGGAAGGUGUUUUCAGAGUUGUCAAAUCUUAGCAGACACCAGAAAACGCACACGGGAGAGAAGCCCUUCAAAUGCAAUGUGUGUGGAAAGUCCUUUACACAGUCGUCAAACCUUUUUGUGCAUCAGAGAAUACACGUAGGAGAGAAGCCGUUCAAGUGCACCGUGUGCGGGAAGGCGUUUAGCCGUUUGUCAAUUCUUAACGUACAUUAUACAACACACACUGGCAAUAAGCCCUUGAAGUGCACCGUUUGUGGAAAAGGAUUUGCAGAGACAUCACAUCUUAACAGGCAUCAGAAAAUCCACAUUGCCGAGAAGCUCUUCAGGUGCACUAUUUGUGGGAAGGCAUUUGGAUGGCCAUCAAAUCUUGACUUGCAUAUGAAGACGCAUACUGGCGAUAAGCCAUUCAGGUGCACCGUGUGUGGGAAAGCAUUUACGCGGUCAGCUACUCUUAGCAGACAUCAGAAAAUACACACAGGCGAGAAGCCCUUCAAGUGCACCGUGUGUGGAAAGGCGUUUGUACAAUCAUCACAUCUUGACACACAUGGGAAGACGCACACGGGCGAAAAACCUUUCAAGUGCACCAUGUGCGGGAAGGCGUAUACACGGUCGUCGUAUCUUCACAAGCAUCAGAGAACACACACAGGGAUGAAGCACUUCAAGUGCACUGUGCCUGGCAAAGCCUUUGCAUGGUCAGGAACUUCUAAUUGUAACAAGCGAGCACCGAAAGAACCAAAGAGUAAGCGAGCACACACAGGAGAAAAAGCCUUCAAGUGCACCAUGUGUGGAAAGUCAUUUUCACGGAAAUCAAAUCUUGAUGUGCAUCGGAAAAUACACACAGGAGAGAAUCUAUUCAAGUGCACUGUGUGUGGAAAGUCAUUUUCGCGGUUAUCAGUUCUAGACAUACAUCAUACAAUACACACUGGCAAUAAGCCCUUCAAGUGCACCGUUUGCGGGAAAGGAUUUGCAGAGAAUUAUCUUCUUAACAGACAUCACAAAAUUCACAUUGCUGAGAAGCUCUUCAGGUGCACUGUGUGUGGGAAGGCAUUUGGAUGGCCAUUAAAUCUUGACUUGCAUAUGAAGACACACACUGGCGAUAAGCCCUUCAAGUGCAUCGUGUGUGGAAAGGCAUUUACACGGUCAUCAUAUCUUCACAAGCAUAAGAAAAUACACACAGGCGAGAAGCCCUUCAAAUGCACCGUGUGUGGGAAGGCGUUUGUGCAGUCGGCACAUCUGGAUGCACAUGGGAAGAUGCACACAGGAGUUAAACCCUUCAAGUGCACCAUGUGUGGAAAGUCAUUUUCACGGAAAUCAAAUCUUGAUGCACAUCAGAAAAUACACACAGGGGAUAAACCCUUCAUGUGUAACAUGUGCGGGAAGGCUUUUACACGGUCGGCAUAUCUUCACAAGCAUCAGAGAACACAUGCUGACGAGAAGCACUUUAAGUGCACCGUGCCUAGUCAAACGAAUGCACGGUCAGAAGUCGGAAACGGACCUGAGCAUAUCCAGGGGAAGCACAAAGUGACAUUGCUAAAUGAGAGUCAAAGUUCCACAAAGAGUUCUACAAUGAGUCAGUUUCCAGUGAAACGGGAACCAGAUGAGAAUGCAGACUUUGAAACGUGGCCAGAAGUCAAGGUGGAAUGUGAAGGAGUGAAGGUGGACGAUGAAGGAGUGAAGGUGAAAUUAGAAGGACUGAAGGAAGAAUCUCAAUAUUCAACUCCAGGACCAGACCUUCGGGUGGAUGGAGGUUGCGUGAAGCGGGAGGAGGAGAAUCCAAACUAUCACGGAGCGAGAAACGACCCCCAGCAUGUUGUGAAGGUGGAGGUAUGGGUGGACUUCUUGGACAAAGCAGAGUAGUUGGGGCGGCAGGUGUUCGAUUUCUGCUCAUGCCAGCACCAGUAAUGAUUACACUCUAACAUAAUUUUUGUUCCUGGGUACUUAGUGUGGCAGUCAGAGUGAUAGCUUUGGGGGGCAGGGUGUUUCUUUGAUUGGGGAGAAGCGAGGGACGUGCAGGGGUGGCUUUGUGUGAAAGUGGUUGCAGGUGUGUGGGAUUAGAUUGACUCGUGGGCAUGCUGUGCUAAUCAAAUGAAGGAAGGGUCCAAGGGUGUGAUUGAAUAAAAGGCCCUGCCGCGGGGAACCAAGGGAAGGGGGCAGGGGAUUUCAUUCCGCUCCUCGCCUUGUUUGCGGCGGCUGCUGUGCUGGAGAUGGAGACUGAGGCGGGUGGGAUUUUAUUCCACUACUGAUCCAGCUCAAAUUGGUCUGCUGAUCCUGCUCGAUGGCCGGACUGAUCCUGCUCGAGGUGGCUGGGACUGAUCCUGCUCAAUGGCCGGACUGAUCCUGCUCAAAAGUGGCUGGGACUGAUCCUGCUCGAGGUGGCUGGGACUGAUCCUGCUCGAGGUGGCUGGGACUGAUCCUGCUCGAUGGCCGGGACUGAUCCUGCUUCAGGUGGCUGGGACUGAUCCUGCUUCAGGUGGCUGGGACUGAUCCUGCUCGAGGUGGCUGGGACUGAUCCUGCUCGAUGGCUGGGACUGAUUCUGCUCGAGUUUAAAGGGGACUGAUUCACUGAUAGUGUUCUCUUUCUGAGCCGGGCGAUGCUUUGGGCGUGCCUUCGGGGUUUUGCUCAGCAGGUUUUUCCCUCCCAGCAUUCGUGGUGGAGAAAGUCGGUGAAGCCGUGGUCGUCUGGUUGUUGUAUGACGGUGUUGGUUGUUGUUUUGUUGUGAGGGUCAUUUGGGUUGGUAUAGUGGCUUGUGAUGCGUGCACUCCUCCGGGGAAGUAGUAAGCCUGUUGCCCUUUGACAAUGUAAGAUUUGUGUAGAGAUUGAAUUCUAAGUAAACCCUAUACAUUUGAAAUAUA